AAGGAUAAAAAAAUGUAAUUUGUAGAAUUCCUCCAAAUCAAGAUGCUUGCUUUCUGGUUUGUUCGAAUGGCAAGCUCCGCAUCGGGCAAAGUCCGCCAGAUGAUUUCAUGUCGACUAUAAAACCCUAAUAAAACCCCCUCCGGCAUCAGCCGUUCGACUUUCCCACCUCGAUAAUCGCUACCAAGAGCAUCCCAAUUGAGAGUUUAUCACUGAAAGCUAUUCCCAACUAUCUUUGUCUGGUUGUCCCUCAUGGCUUUAUCCGUAGAUCAGGACCAGAAAUGGCUCAUCGACUGCCUCAACGCAACGCUGGACACAAAUCGCGAACUCCGCUCCUUCGCCGAGGCCUCGCUUCAGCAAGCUUCUCUGCAGCCAGGUUACGGAGCUGCUCUUACCAAGAUUACCAUUAACAAGGAUAUUGCUUUUGGACUGCGGCAGCUAGCUGCUGUUUUGCUAAAGCAGUUCAUAAAGCAACAUUGGGAAGAAGGCGAAGAGAAUUUUGUGCAUCCUGUGGUUUCAGCUGAAGAGAAGAGGAUCAUGCACCAACUUUUGCUUCCUUCAUUGGAUGAUCCUAAUAGGAAAAUUCGCACAGCAAUUAGCAUGGCUAUAGUUUCCAUUGCUCAAUAUGAUUGGCCAGAUGAUUGGCCUGAACUGCUACCUUUUCUAUUAAAAUUGAUUAGCGAGAAAAAAAAUAUUGGUGGAGUUCACGGAGCUCUAAAAUGCUUGGAUCUUCUCUCUGGUGAAUUGGAUGAUGCUUUGGUGCCUAAAUUGUUACCCGCUCUGUUCCCUCACUUGCAUUCAAUAAUUUCUUCACCUCAUCUAUAUGAGAAGUCUCUCAGAACAAAAGCUUUGGCAAUAGUGCAUUCUUGCAUUUCUGUUCUAGGGUCAAUGAGUGGUUUGUAUGAGGCCGAAACUGCUGGUCUGUUGAAGCUGGUGGUUGAUUUUCUAAUGGAGCAAUUUUCUAUUAUUUUACAACCACCUAUGCGAUCAGAUGAUCCAGAUGAGUGGAGUAUGAGAAUGGAGGUCCUGAAAUGUUUGCUCCAGCUUGUUCAAAAUUUUCCUAGCCUCAUGGAGACACGGAUAUCAGUUAUUUCAUCAUCACUGUGGCAGACAUUUGUUUCAUCCUUGGAUAUAUACCAGAUUUUAUGUAUUCAGGGCACUGAAGAUUCACGUUCUGGUAUAUUUGAUUCUGAUGGUAAUGAGAGAAGCCUAGAUGCCUUUAUUAUUCAGUUGUUCGAAACUAUAUUAACAAUUGUGGGAAACGCUAAAAUGGCAAAGGUCAUUCGAGGAAGCAUAAAACAGCUUAUUUACCAUACCAUAGCUUUUCUACAGAUGACGGAAGAGCAAGUACAUACAUGGUCAUUUGAUGCAAAUCAAUAUGUUGCUCAUGAGGAUGACGUAUCUUACAGUUGCCGUGUAUCAGGUUCUUUGUUACUGGAAGAGAUUGCUAGUGCUUUUGGCAGAGAAAUGAUUGAUUCCAUUGUUGGAGCUGUUAAAGAACGUUUCAGAGAGUCGCAGAAUGCCAAACUUUCUGGUUCUGUAGAUUGGUGGAAAUUGAGAGAGGCGUCCUUUUUUGCAUUGGUUUCAGUUUCAGAACAGCUCAUUGAAGCACAGGAUUCAGGAGCAACAAAUGUUAGCCUGAGUUAUUUUUUGGAUGAAUUGAUUGCAGAAGACGUGACAACAGAUGUGCAUAAAUUUCCAUUUCUACACGCACGGAUUUUUUCAGUAGUUUCCAAGUUUUCCUCCGUGAUUGGUCACACUACACGCGAGCAUUUCCUAUAUGCUGCUGCACAAGCAAUCGCUUCAGAUGUUCCACCACCUGUAAAAGUUGGUGCUUGUCAAGUUUUGUGUCAGCUCCUACCAGAUGCUAAGUCUGAGCUGAUUCAGCCUCGUAUAAUGAGUAUACUUUCAUCACUCAUUGAGCUUCUUAAGCAGGCAUCUGAUGAAACUCUACAUCUUGUGCUUGAAACACUUAAAGCAGCUGUUAAGGCAGGCCAUGAACUAUCAAGAUCCUUGGAGCCUGUUAUUUCUCCUGUCAUGCUUGAUGUCUGGGUACAUCAUAUUUCGGAUCCAUUUAUUAGUAUUGAUGCCUUGGAAGUUUUGGAGGCUAUCAAAAAUGCUCCUGGAUGCAUGCAGCCUCUGGUCACCAGAAUCAUACCGUCCAUUGCUUCCAUAUUAGAAAAUCCAAGGAACCAGACGGGUGGAUUGCUUGCAGGUUCAUUUGAUCUUUUAACAAUGAUAUUGAAAGGUGCGCCUGUUGAAGUUGUAAAGGCUGUUUUUGAUAAUUGUUUUAAUUCUACCAUCCAAGUAGUGCUUGAAACUGAUGAUCACGGUGAAUUGCAGAAUGCGACAGAAUGUCUUGCUGCAUUUCUUGCCGGUGGAAAGCAUGAGUUGCUUUCCUGGAAUGGUGAUCCAUCAUUUACAAUGAAAAGGCUUCUUGAUGCAGCUUCAAGGCUGCUGGACCCUAGCUUGGAAAGUUCUGGAUCACUUUUUGUAAGUAGCUAUGUGUUGCAACUUAUAUUUCACUUUCCAUCUGAAAUGGCUUUCCACAUACGUGAGCUUGUUGCUGCGAUUGUGAGACGCAUGCAAUCUUGUGAAAUAGCUGGGCUAAAAUGCUCUCUUAUAGUUGUUCUCGCCAGACUGGUCCAUUUUAGCUCCCCAGAUGUCAACCAGUUCAUUAAUUUACUGCUUUCAGUGUCUGCUCAGGACCAUCAAAAUUCGUUUUCUUAUGUGAUGUCAGAAUGGACCAAAUUGCAAGGCGAAAUCCAGGGAGCAUACCAGAUCAAGGUUACAACAACUGCCCUGGCACUCUUGCUAUCCUCACGUCAUGAGGAAUUAGCAAAAGUUAACGUUCAAGGCCAUCUCGUGAAGUCAAAUGCAGGUAUAACUACUCGUUCUAAAGCUAAAUUAUCUCCUGACCAGUGGACUAUAAUUCCACUUCCUGCAAAGAUAUUUACUUUAUUAUCAGAUGCACUGGUUGAGACUCAAGAGCAAGUUUUGGGCGAUGACAAUGACAGUGAUGAGGACAGUGACUGGGAGGAGGCCUCAGAUAGCAAUUGCUGUGGUCCACACGAUCUAUUAUAUCAAUCGAAUGUCCCCUCAAAGCGUAAUGGUGCUAUUGAUCAUCUUGAUGCAAUGGCUAAGGACUUUAAUGAGAGUGAUGAUGAUAACAGUGAAGAAGAACUUGUCAAUGCCGAUCCACUAAAUGAGACCAAGCUUGCAAGUUUUCUCAGGAACUUCUUUGUAAACUUUCGGAACAUGGACAUGUUACUUUUUGACCAUCUUUGCCAGAACUUGACUCAUGUCCAAAGACUUGCGGUGCAGCAGGUUGUCAGUAAGUGAAGCCUUCUUGAAAUUAUUUCUUAUGUGUUUUACUAUCCAAACUUCCAUUUUUUGUCAGUGUAAUCUUAUAAAAAAAUCAUUUUUUUUGUAAAGUCAUAUUUAUUACUAUGUUAUUACUAUUCCCAUUAAGGGUUUUGAGGAAUAGCAAUGAACAGAGCCGGAACGGCCUUUGCCUUGCACUGUUGUUUUAUUUACUUAGUAAUCAGAUUGUAAAAUCCUUAUUUCCAUUUUCUGCAAUUCCCCAUUUCCUCUGAAAUCUCACCAGCAGCUGCCUCUUAGAAACAUGUAGUUGUGAUCUUUACCAGUCUCUACAUGUGUCCGCAAAUGAAUUGUGCCCCACACUAAUAUUUAUGCCAUUGGUUAGCCAGUGCAGAAAAAGUAGGAAGAUUUACAAA